CACUUCCUUGCUGGCUGCAGACUCACAGGCACCGCAGACUCCUCUCACACAGGAGCCCUAAGAGCUGCCUGCCCUGCUCACCUCCUUCCACAGCACCUGGCAGGAACUGAGCGGGCUGAAGGGAGCGGAUGGGCAGAGCAGAACUUCCAGAAGCGAAGAUGAGCACCCAGGAUCCCUCUGAUAUGUGGAAUCGACUGGACGGAGAAAUUGAGCUGCUCCAGGACUUGGGGUGGUACCAUGGCAGCCUCACACGCCAUGCGGCUGAAGCACUUCUCUUGUCCAAUGGCUUUGAUGGGAGCUACCUGUUGAGAGACAGCAAUGAGCAAAGUGGUCUGUACUCACUCUCUGUAAGAGCCAAAGACUCUGUCAAGCACUUUCAUGUUGAGUACACUGGAUAUUCUUUUAAAUUUGGCUUUAAUGAAUACUCAUCUUUGAAGGAUUUUGUCAAACAUUUUGCAAAUCAGCCUUUGAUUGGAAGCGAGACAGGCAAUCUGAUUGUUCUGAAACACCCCUAUCCAAGACAAGUGGAAGAACCUUCCAUUUAUGAAUCUGUCCGAGUUCACACAGCAAUGCAAACGGGCAGAACAGAGAGUGACCUUGUGCCUACUGCACCUUCCCUGGGCACCAAAGAAGGCUACCUCACCAAACAGGGUGGCCUGGUGAAGACCUGGAAAACAAGAUGGUUCACUUUACACAGGAAUGAACUGAAAUACUUCAAAGAUCAGAUGUCCUCAGACCCAAUUAGGAUUCUAAACCUAACGGAAUGUUCAGCUGUACAAUUUGAUUAUUCACAGGAAAGGGUAAACUGCUUUUGCUUAGUGUUUCCAUUCAGGACAUUUUACCUCUGUGCAAAGACAGGAGUAGAAGCUGAUGAAUGGAUCAAGAUAUUACGCUGGAAACUGUCACAGAUAAGAAAACAGCUUGAUCAAGGGGAUGGUACAAUCCGAUCUCGGUCAUUCAUCUUUAAAUAAAGCUUGCUCACCAAGGAACACCCUGGACUGCUUCCUGAGGCUGUGGUCCAUCCGGGGCAGCCUCCCCAUGAAAGUUGACUAUGGACUUAUUCAAAAACGAAUCAGAAACAGAUUCUGAUUGGGACCCACAUUCCAUGUUGGUUGACUCAUGGGAAAUUUCUUCACGCUAUGUGGCUGUCUCCUUGGGAAUCCUGAAGAAACCAUUGGUCGGAUACGAAUGAAGUAAACCUCCACUCCCAGGCUUGCCCACUCCUAGGGCAUGAAAGAGAAAGGUCUUUGGUAUUGUUCAUCGUGGUCAGCAUUCUGGUUGGUAUCCAUGGCCUGGAGUCCCACCAUGUGUCCUGGUCAAUUCUCUGGAUCCCCAGGUUGUGCCAGGGGGAUGUCUGGGAGCUUGGACUACUCUGAACAGAGUCUAUUGAGAUAAGAAACAUCAAAAGUUUUUUUGAGGAGGGGGUUGUAUUUUGCUUCCCUUUUUCUUUAUACAAAAACAGUUUCCAAAAACGAAAACCAAAAGGGUUUGCAGAAUCGAUUUUCUCUUUUGAUAGGAUCAGGCAUCCAGUGGGUCCUUCCCGUAUGUGUAAGCUGGGGAAAUUAAACACCCCAUGCAGGGGUAGUAGGACAAUAAACAUAAAUGAAAGUACAAUUUCAAAGCAUCUCCCCUAACCAGUUGGGAGAAAUGUUUGGAAAAGUUCAAAACAUAAAUUGAGGAAGGGCAAGAAACUAGUAGAUAACUUGUAGUUAUUAUUACAAAAGAGCUAUACUACUAUGGAACUAUUGUAGUAGAGCUCUCAAGUCUCGAUCUGACGUAUCUCCCAAUGGACCAAAACGUAUUUCUAAAGAAGCAGAGUGUAAAGGGUGGCCCAAGUGAUGUAGGAAACACCUUGUACUGAAAUCACUAACUACUCUUUGCCUUACUAAAAAGCAACUGCUGUUGCCAGUUGAUGGAGUAACACUAAAUUUCAAAAAUAUAUGAUAAUGUGUUACAUAGCCAUUUCAAAUUAGAAUUAAAAGGAGUGACACAGGGAGAAUCAAAAAUUGGAGUCCAGAGGUCAUAAAAAGAUUCUAACCCUGCCAUAAUCUUUACUAAUCUCACUUUUUUUUUUUUUAAGAUAGAGGUUUAGAAGGAGAUGAAAAUGGAUGGGGAACCAGAAAAUGAAAAGUUGAUGGUGUUGAGCCAUGAUGUAACACUGCCCUCACUGUCCCACAGAGCUUGUUAAAUAAGAUCCUUCUGUUAUUGAAACGCCUAAGAUUCAGAAAAUAUAUUAGGUUGUUGUAAAUUUCAAUACGAUUUUUAGUGUGUUUUUUUAAUGUCUGUGUUGUAUAGGAUAAAGCAAAUGUCAAGGAAAAGUGUAUUGUCAAAUGUUAUGUUUUGUUUUCACAGGAUCGAAGUAUAGGUAAUGUUAUUUUUACUUUUUUUGUAAAAUAUAUAUGUAUUUAUAUUUUUCCAUUCUGUUUAUGAAAAAAAGCUGUAUAUGUAGGAUUUUGCUAUUAAAACAUGUCAAUAUUUGGAA